AUGGAGCGCAAAUCUCUCCCUCUCCUAGCCCUAGCCGCGCUGCUGGUGGUUGCGGUUCCUUACUCAGCCGCCGACGGAUGGAUUCCGAUCGGUGACCUUAAGGAUCCGGUGGUGGUCGGCGCCGGAAAAUUUGCGGUGGAACAGCACAACCAAUGGACUCUGAGUAAUAUGACGUUCGCAGCCGUGUUGAACGGGGAAAAGCAAGACGUGCAAGAAGGAACGAUAUUCAAUCUGGGGAUCGCAGUCGCCGACGGCCCUGCUUUUAAGAAGUUUAAUGUUCGUCUUAAGUACAACCCAGCGCCAGGGGCGCUAUUCGAGUACAGGCUUUUGUUGUGGGAACAGGGCUUCUGA